UCUCAUCACCCCCACGGACAAUAUCUCAGGCCUCUCCAACCAAUCAAACCACCCACACACAACAUCAACAUGCAGUCCUUCAUCCUCUUGGCGUCCACCUACGCCCUCUCCGCUUCCGCCCUCGCCUUCACCGCCACCUCCGGCAUCUGCGCCGGCUCCUCCACUACCGGCGACGGCCUCGUCAUCUCCGGAACCACCUGCACAGCCGAAUGCUCCAUCGACCGUCCCGGCGGUGACUUCCAAGCCCUCCAAGUGGCCGACCUCACCGCCUGCGCCACUGCCUGCCAGAGCGCCGCUGCCUGCCUCGACGCCACCUUCGUCGAGGAGACGGGCUUCUGCUACCUCAAGAACUUCGUCCUCAACCCGGUCUCCAAGGGCAACGUCGACACCGUCCUCUGCCGCACCUGCGCCAACGGCCAGCCCAUCCCCAACACCAGCUGCACGCAGGAGUGCGGCACCGACCGUCCCGGUAACGACAUCCAGGCCAUCGGCCCGGUUGAUGGCGCUGGUGCGCUGCAGACUUGCGCGCAGGCUUGCGAUCGCAACCCCGACUGUGUGACUGCUCAGUACCGGUUUGACAACCGCUUCUGCUACCUCAAGGGCCGCGCCAACGCCCCUGUCUCUGACGCCAAUGUCAACGGCGUUGUCUGCUCGAAGUAGGGCUGAAGCGUUGCCUAGGGCAAGAUGGUCUGAAGUGAUGU